GUUGACGCGCCUUGGAAAACGUCGGCAGCAAGCUGAGAUUUUAGACCUUUCUUCAAGCAAAUAGGAACUACAUAUAUGUUGAUGUUAUCCCUACUGGAAGACUUCCGAAGGCUUCUUUCAUUAAAGACAACGCAGUCAAAGAGGCUAUGCUGGAAACUGAGAGAAAAUCUAGCAGAAAAAGGCAAGUGACGAAAUCAACACCACACAGAAGCAGCUUUGCCAGCCGUGCUGGGUUACCAACGAGUUUGGGUAGCGAUAUACUAAACGACUUUAAGAUUAAAGGCAAUUUUGUGAAGAUUCUACCAAGCAAGAAGUCAGAAUUUAAUACCUCGGGUCUUUUUGUGGUUGCUGAAGGGAUUGGAUGUAAGUACUCUGGCGCCAACAUGGAGACGCUAGAGAGAAUUCAACAAAACAGGCAAGUGAUGACAUUUAUUUUGAUAGUAUUCUUAUCUCAGGCUCACCCUGCGCCUAUUCGUUAUUCUGUGCUGGAAGAAACAGAGAGCGUCUCCUUUAUAGCCCAUUUGACCAAGGACCUGGGCCUGGGAAUUGGGGAGCUGGCCGCCCGGUCGGCCCAGGUGGUGUGUGACGAUGACAAGCAGCGCUUGCUGCUAGAUCGCCAGACUGGAGAUUUGCUUUUGAGGGAGAAACUAGACCGGGAAGAUAUAUGUGGCCCCGUUGAACCCUGUGUGCUGCAUUUUCAAGUGUUCCUGGAAACUCCGGUGCAAUUUUUUGAAGGGGAACUAUUAAUCCAGGACAUAAAUGACCACUCCCCAGUAUUCCCGAAUAGGGAAAUGCUCCUGAAAAUACCGGAAAACAGCCAGCCAGGGACUGUUUUUCCGUUGAAAUUAGCUCAGGAUUUGGAUGUGGGCAGCAAUGGUCUUCAAAAAUACACUAUCAGCCCUAAUUCUCAUUUUCACGUUGUCACUCGAAAUCAUAGUGAGGGCAAUAAAUAUCCAGAUUUGGUGCAGGACAAAGCACUGGAUCGAGAGGAGCAACCUGAGUUCAGCUUAACCCUCAUGGCGCUGGAUGGCGGGUCUCCACCUAGGUCUGGCACCAGCAUGUUACGAAUCCUGAUCAUGGAUGUCAAUGACAAUGCUCCUGAGUUUGUGCACACUCCAUAUGAGGUGCAGGUUCUGGAAAACAUCCCCCUAGACUCCCCAAUACUUACUGUUUUAGCUAGGGAUGUAGAUGCUGGAAACUUUGGGACUGUUUCCUACAGUUUGUUCCAAGCAUCAGAGGAAAUUAAACAAACUUUCUCAAUAAAUGAAGUCACAGGAGAAAUCCGACUGACAAAGAAAUUGGAUUUUGAACAAAUUAAAUCUUACCACGUGGAAAUUGAGGCUACAGAUGGAGGAGGCCUUUCCGGAAAAGGCACUGUAGCCAUAGAGGUGGUAGAUGUGAAUGACAACGCCCCUGAAUUUACCAUACCUUCACUCACCUGCUCCAUCCCAGAAAAUGCUCCUGAGACUGUAGUCUCCAUCUUCCGAAUUCGAGAUAGAGACUCCGGAGACAAUGGAAGGAUGGUUUGCUCUAUUCCAGGUAAUCUGCCAUUCAUUCUAAAACCGACUUUAAAGAAUUUCUACACCCUGGUAACAGAGAGCCCUCUGGACAGAGAGAGCAGAGCCGAGUACAACAUCACCAUCACCGUCACAGAUAUGGGGACACCGAGACUGAAAACCCAGCACAACAUAACCGUGCUGGUGUCCGACGUCAACGACAACGCCCCCGCCUUCACCCAGACCUCCUACACCCUGUCCGUCCGCGAGAACAACAGUCCCGGCCUGCACAUCGGCAGCGUCCGCGCCACAGACAGAGACGCGGGCGCCAACGCCCAGGUCACCUACUCGCUGCUGCCGCCCCUCGACGCGCACGUGCCCCUGGCCUCCCUGGUGUCCAUCAACCCGGACAACGGCCACCUGUUCGCCCUGAGGUCCCUGGACUACGAGGCCCUGCGGGCGUUCGAGUUCCGCGUGGGCGCCGCCGACCGCGGCUCGCCCGCGCUCAGCAGCCAGGCGCUGGUGCGCGUGCUCGUGGCGGACGACAACGACAACGCGCCCUUCGUGCUGUACCCGCUGCAGAACGCCUCGGCGCCCUGCACCGAGCUGGUGCCCAGGGCAGCCGAGGCGGGCUACCUGGUGACCAAGGUGGUGGCGGUGGACGACGACUCGGGCCAGAACGCCUGGCUGUCGUACCAGCUGCUCAAGGCCACGGAGCCCGGCCUCUUCGGCGUGUGGGCGCACAACGGCGAGGUGCGCACGGCCCGGCUGCUGAGCGAGCGCGACGCGGCCAAGCACAGGCUGGUGGUGCUGGUCAAGGACAAAGGCGAGCCGCCGCUCUCGGCCAGCGUCACGCUGCACGUGCUGCUGGUGGACGGCUUCUCGCAGCCCUACCUGCCGGCCCCUGAAGCGGAAGCGGCGGACGCGGCCCCGGCCGCUCCGCUCACCGUCUACCUGGUGGUCGCCUUGGCGUCGGUGUCGUCGCUCUUCCUCUUCUCGGUGCUGGUGUUCGUCGCGGUGCGGCUGUGCAGGAGGGGCGGGGCGGCCUCGGUGGGUCGCUGCUCGGUGCCCGAGGGCCCCUUUCCGGGCCACCUGGUGGACGUCAGCGGCACGGGGACCCUGUCCCAGAGCUACCAGUACGAGGUGUGUCUGACGGGAGACCAUGAAACUGGUGAGUUCAAAUUCCUGAAGCCAGUAUUUCCCAAACUCUUGGUUCAGAACAGAGAGAGAGAAAUUAAAAGAAAGCCCCAACUGCAGGAAUAAUUUUGUUCGGUUAAGUGUCGUAUUUGGUCAAGUGAGCCUCUCAAUUUUGUUAAACCUGACUCACAUUGUGUUACUUUCUCUUGAGAUUGUAUUGUUAUAGAAAUAUGUAUAUCUCUAUUGCAAAUUAUGCAUGUCUCUGUGCUAAAUCUUCCUUUUAUUAAUAUUGAUUGGAUUUAGCAUUUUUAGUUACACUUGAUAUUAUGUAUUUCUUCAUAUUUGACCUUCUCUUGGUGAUUAAUCUUUCAUAACUAUAAAUUACUCAAGUAGUGUAAGAAGAAAUUUUAUUUAAAGGAACUUCUUGGUUAAUGUCUUUUCAGGGAAACAUUUUAAAGCUUCUGUGUAAUCUUACAUUUCUAUAUAUUUUUGGUACUUGUCUUUACCACAUAGCUUUAUAUUUGCGAGGCCAGAAUGUUUGAAAUUCUUUGUAUCUACCUAAGACCUUUCUUGUUCACUAUUCUACCAGGCUAUGCCCCCCUGAAUAGCCAUGAACAUAUAAAUUAGCAUACUUGUUUCUCCCAAAUUGUACCUAAACAUGCACUUUAUUAAAUUAUUGAUACACUACAGUUGUGACCAUAUCCCAUUGUGAGCACCGUAUAUGCUAGAGAUUAUCUUGUUUGCUACUUACGUAGCACAUUGUAAUUGCUCCAUAAAUACUCACUGAUAUUAUAAUAAAAAUUAUUCUCAUUUAUAAAUAACAAAGAGAAAAUCUUAUAUAGCUUGGUGUCACUUCACUAAAAUAAAACUAAGUCACUACUUGGUAAAAUACUUAAAAUCUUAGAAUCUUAAGUAAACCCUAAAUCCUUUAAAAGGUCUCAAGAGGUAGAGGGCAUAUACUUUCUUGUCCUUCCUUUUGCCCUAUUAACAGAAGUUCAAAUGUAGUUUAACGUAUGUGUUUUUCUUGGUUUUCCUGCAGCUUCCCUGCAUGUUUCAAGAGUCAGAAUUUCUUCUCAGUUUUGGUUAUUAUGUUCUAGUCUGAUUGCUCAUUUUAAGUUACUCUGCAAACAUGGGCAGCUUUUAUGAACAAAAUAAUGAUUUAUUUUUGAUCUCCAAGUCACCUUGUUUCGUCCUUCAAUGUAGCGUUUGGGUAUUUUGCAUAAAUUUACUUUUUCAAUUAUGCUAACUUUUAGUAAUAAGAAACAAGCAUUGUUUUUUCUUUUAAGACAACAAGAAUAGAAAUAGAAAUUAAGAUAAACUUAUCUGAAUUAUAAUUGUUUCAUGUUGUGUUCAUUAAGCCAAGCAAGACGAUUAUGUGGUUUCCAACUAAAUUUAUAUGGAUGUAACUAUAAGACCAGUUAUUGAACUUUUGGCACAAUGUGAGUAAUUAAAGAGCCUGCUUUAUAACCUAAGUAUUUAUUUUUAGAUAUUGUGUCAUCCUCCUGGAAUUUAAUUACUUGCAACUUUCUCUGAAUUACAUUUUUUCUAAGGAUAUAAUGAAAUAAAAAAGGAAAAUUACUGUUUAAGUUAUUAUUGAAACAUAGCUAUUAGCCUUCAUCCAAUCUAAUACUUGAAACUAGAAAGUGAUAAAAAUGAGAACAAAAUUAAACACAAACAAAUAUAUGACAUAAAUACGGUAGUCAACUUUAACU